AUGACUCUCCUGGAGGAGUUCACUUCUGUUACAGAGGAGGAGGAAGAGAGAGUUCUGGAAAAGGUAGUGAACUCCCGUAUUGAAGACCAUUUGACAUUAAAUAACCUUCAUGAAGAACACCAGUCAGCAUAUAGGCAGUUCCAAUCCACGGAAUCUGCACUACUGAAGGGAAUGGAUUUUCAACUUCCAAACUGCAAGACUCACGAAUCUCGCGUCUGUGACCUUUUCUGUAAAGAAUGUAGUGCUGCGAUUUGCGGUGAAUGCCAUGCCCUUUCCCACAAAAAGCAUCACGUGGAUGAUCUAGAAGAUCUGUGUAAACUGAGGAAAGGGAUAAUUGCUCAAGAAAUCGAGAGGGUGAGACAUGCCAUUUCCUUAUAUCAAGAACAAGAACAAGAUAUCACUGUCGAAGAGAAAGAAAUCAACGACAAAUACCGAACCGUUGAUAAAAACAUCAGAAUCCACGGAGAAAAUCUCGAGACAGCCGCCAGGAAUGCCAAAGAGGAAUAUUUGAGACAAGCAAGAGAGAAAAAGGGGGAGCAUUUUAAACUCUUAGAGGGACAAAAAGCAAUAAUAGAUAGAAAUUUGCAGAAAGCCUUAGAAAUGGAGAAGGCCAUACCAAGCAGUUUUAACACUUGUGAAGAAAUACUAGCCUUCGACUUCGAAAAGUUGGAUACGAAAACAUUACCAGAGGUGCCUCCACGUCAGAGGAUAUUGCCACCUGAAUUUGUUCCAAACAUUGACCAUCUGGAGAAAAUGCUUGAUAAUUUCGGAAAUCUAGCUUUCUGA